UCCCAGGUGAGAACGUGGGGCUCCGAGGAGGGCCCACGCGGGGUGGGCGCCGCGGAGCAGACCCGGCCCGACCCGCUCUCCCCGGCUCUCACCUGCAACCCCGGGCGGGCCAACAGGUAAAGCCAGGACUAGUCGGGGACGCGGCUGGAGAGAUGCGGGCGGGUGUCCGGCCAGGUGAGGCUCGCGCUCCCUCGGGAGAGCGCGCUCGCUGGAGUCCGCAGCAGCCCCUCGGGGACAGGAGGCGCGAGGCGCAGAGUGAGCGGCCCAGGAGACACGUGAGCUGAGGGUGCCGCGCACCCAGCGCGCCCUUUAACCACACCUGUCGGAUCCUCAGCCAACAUUUUACAGAUGAAGAGAAGGACUCUGAGGCCGUGGUCCUCCCGGGCACACAGCUGAGUGUAAAUUCCAUCAAAGCAGUGAUUUCUAUCCAUUUGGUCCCUUCGUAUCUCCAGCACCAAGCACACAGUCCCUAAGAACAUGGACUUGGAUUUUUUUUUCUUCACUGCUGUAUCCCCAGAACCUAGGACACUUCAGAAAUAUCUGUCGAGUGAACCAAGACAGUCCCGUAAGUCUGUCGCACAUCUAAUCCCUUCUUGGCGUCUGCUUCUCUGAAGAUGAGAACCACACAGUAAGGUACCACAUGUGGCUGCUGCCAUAUUGGACAGUGCUCGUGGAGCUGGCAGGCAGGAUGGGGAGGACGUGGUGCAAAUCAGUCCCUCCUCUAAGAGACCACCCAAGCUGGGCGGACAUCUGCCCCAACCCUGACACAAGGCAGAGGGGCUUCGAGGCCCUGCUCCUGGCCCUUCGGAAGGUCACCUUGAGGAAUCACGUCAUGGUGGCGGCAGAGCCAAUCACAGCCUCCAGACCUUCCUCGUCCCCCAGUUCCAGCCGACUCACCCACCCACCAUCACGGCCCUGGGAGGGAACUUUAUUUGCCUCCCAGCAAGGGGUCUCUAGCAGCCUGACCAGGUCAUGGUUAGACCCACCACAUGCCGAGCCUACGCUGAGCACUUCACAGCCACAGGCUCUGAGACGGGGCCCACCGCAUGCCAGGCCUGGUGCUGUGACACACAGGCCAGCCAUGAGGGCCUCAACUCUGCAUUUUACAGAAACGAAGGCUGAAGCCAGAGCGGUAGAGCACCUCACCCCAAGUCACACAGCACAUGCAGCGCAAAGGCAGAGCUGGAAGCCACACCCACCUCGCUCCAGAUGGUGCUCCCUCUCCUCGUCUCCAGGCUGCCGGGCCCCGGCUGCUGGACACUGUGCGUUCCUGCUCCACCCACCGCGCCUCCCAGUACAGAUGGACGCAGCAAAGGCGGACCGCAGGCCCACACCAUCCUGCACUCCACCUGGACAAGCGGCUCCACUCACAGCCCAAAGUGCUCAGUGCAGCAUUUACACAGCCUCGAUGUCACAGAAAAGUGUUCUCCUCGAAGGCGGCUGCCACCACCCCCACCCCGGCAAAGAGACAGAGGAGGAAGGAGUCCUCCUGGGAAACAGUGUAAUGGACAUGCUGGCUGGACGGGGCAGGAGCCCCUGGGCAAAGGUUCGGUGGGCAAGGGCAGGAGGGGGCCCAGCGCUGUGCUAUGCUCUUGAAACACAUGAUUUUAUUCAACCCCCAUAA